CCAGCUGUGACGUGGUGACAUCCCCAGCGUGCUGCCACCCUGUGUGGGCACGCUCGUGAAGCCCUGCCGUCGGUUGAAGUAGUAAACUGUCACGCUCUCAAAGUGCACGUUGCGGCCCCGCAUCCGCUUUGACUUCUGCUGGUGUCUCCAGUGCUUUGCCCCAAAAGUGGAGCUGCUGACACGAGCUGUGUGGGAAUGUGACCUUACAGUCCAGCAGUCCAGAGGGGACGGGAGGGUUGAGACUGUCACUGCUGUUGCCGCUGUCGCUGCAGGAAAUCUCAUCAUCAUCAGACCCCUGCAGGGACAGCCUCUCGGUGAGCCUGCACAACCCAGAGAGCCUCCCAGACAGAGCGCAACCCCUGCAACUCCUGCAUCUCCAUCUCUGCUCCUCACCCUCUCAUAACUCCCCUCUGUCUCUCCCUCACUUCCUCACCCUUCCUGGUUCACCUCACACAAUAGACUUCCCCUCCAAGCACCAGCCUGAAGGGAAAAGAGGGGGAGAGAUACGGGUGUCUCUAUAACAAUGGAAAUUCAAUCAGGAAAUGGAGAGGAGGUGGCGAGUGCGGUGUCGGCGACCUCGGGCUUCAUUUCCUGUAGUCCCUCUGGGUGGCAGGUAGCGGCAUCAGGCGAUCCAGUGCACAGAGAGGACCUGCAGGCUGCUAAGAGGAUUGAGAGGUUUGACAUCCCACUUGAUAGCCUGAAGAGGAUGUUUGAGAAGCCUGCUGUGGCAAACACAGAAGUGACAACCAUCCACAACUCCCCGUCCAAAAGAGUGAUGUCCAGUGUCCUCACACAGGCUGACCCGUCAACAGAUCGGAUCAUGGCCUCUCCUAUGGACACCGCUAUUUCUGCUGGCAGCUCAAAUAAAUCCAGGGCAGGACAUCCCCAGGACUGGGCCCCGGGCGUCGAGGACCAGGAGGCCGAGCCGGUGUCGGUGAAAGAGCGACUGGCGAUGUAUCAGGCAGCCGUGACGAAGAAGGAAACCAGCAGUUCCUCCUCUGCUGCGGUGAUGGAUGAGUCCGAGGCUUGUUCGCUGCCUGGUGGCCUGGCUAGUGUGAAGAGACAGUUUGAGAACCAGGAGUUUGCCUCUUCGUCCUCUCAAUCCAGCGUCACCCAGUUUCAUUUCGAGCAGAGAUCUGUCCAGGAGAUAUCAAGCUCCUCAGAGGUGACAGUGAGAAGCAGUGUCAGAGAGGUCGUCCCAUCCACAACCCUCUUUCAUAAUCAACAAGAGGUGAUCCGUGAUGAAAGAGUCCACCAUAACAAUGUGGCAGACAGUUACGGGAACCAUUACAAUGAAACAGUUAUGCUCGUUGGAGGAGAGGAUCUACCAAAGGUUUCCACUCAGGCUUUGAAGCAGCAGUAUGAAAAAACGAUUGAGGAAGCUGCGCCAGCCAAAGAAAUUAAGGUUGAUGUGGAUUUCAACCAGUUUCAGUGGGCACCAGUAAACCAGCUCUCCAAAGCUUCAGCCAUGACAAGCUGUGACACCUCCUCCACCUUAAAGACUGCCACUGCCUCGUCAGUAGCGUCAGCCUCGUCAGUCACUUAUGAGGUGUCAGAGCAUUUUCCUCCACCACCCUCAAACCUGGUGCAGGAAAUCCCUGAACAUGUCUCUUCCCAGCCUCAGGAGCCAGCCUCCCAGCAUAAGCAGCCUGCUAAUAGGGAGCAGUACUUUAAACACAAGAGUAUAGCUGAACUAAAGCGCCUUUACAAGCACAUUCAUCCAGAGGUCCGCAAGAACCUCGAAGCGGACUUCUUAAGUCAGCUCACUGAAGCAGAAAUGGAGGACCUAGAAAGGGAGGAAAUGGGAGAUGUCCAGCAGGCCUGCCACAUGUUUGAAAAUGAUGGCGUGAGCCCGUGUUCAAGCCCUGACAGGGAGUCCCUGGAAUGGGAUGAGAUCCUGAGAGGCGAAGUUCAGUCGGUGCGCUGGAUGUUUGAAAAUAAGCCACUAGAUACGAUUAAAGACGAAACCCCAGACGAGAAUGAGGCAAAGAGUAUUGCACAGCAGGAAAUCAUUGCUGGCAAAGAUGUGAAAUACACAGCUUGGAUGUUUGAGACUCAGCCCAUGGAUGCUCUAGGUUCAGAGACUCCUGAUUCAGCUGAGCAGUCACAACAAGCAACUGAUCUGGCGAGAGGAGAUGUUCGCACUGCUACAUGGCUUUUUGAGACGCAGCCACUUGAUUGUCUGAAUAAGAUCUACCAAGAGGACGAACAGGAGCCAGAUACUGUCAUCACCAAAGACAUUGCCGGUGGAGACGUGAAAACUGCUAGAUAUCUCUUUGAGACCCAGCAUCUGGAUUCACUGGGUAAAACAGAAACCAUUGAGGAGAGCCACUUCCUGAAUCUGAAGUCUGAGCUGGAAGAGAUCAAAGGGGAUGUGAAGACAACGACUCGCAUGUUUGAAACCCAGCCCAUGUGCGUGAUCAGGGGCGAUUCAGGAGAGAUGCUGGAGAUCACCACAAUCCGCAGGGAGGAGACUGAGAAAGGAGACGUCAAGACUUCACGCUGGAUGUUUGAAACACAGCCUCUGGAUAUUAUAAACAAAGACCCAGCAAAGGUAAAGCUUAUAUGCAGUAUUUCCAUGGAGGACAACAUUCAGGGUGGUGUCAACAAAGGUAGAUGGCUUUUUGAGACAAAGACUCUUGAUACCAUUAAAGAUGAGGAAUGGGAAAGUUCCAGGAAGCAAAAGGAAGAAAUAAUUGGUGCUGAUGUGAGGAAGCAUUGUCUGGUUUUUGAAACUCAGCCUAUGGAUACUCUGAAAGACAACUCCAAUGCUCGACCUUUGCCUUCAGAGGAGAUUGUAGGAGGUGAUGUUCAGUCAGCUAAACAUCUGUUUGAAACAGUACCCAUGGAAAAUCUGAAAGAACUGCUUGAAGUGGGAAAACUUAAGAAAAUGGUUGCAUCUGAAAAAGAAAAGGGUGACGUGAGGCAUCAAAAGUGGGUCUUUGAAAGCCAGCCACUGGAGAACAUAAGGGAGGAGAAGAAGGAGAUUUUAAAGACUGUGAAUGUUGAAGCUCUUGAUAAAGGAGAUGUGACCAACUAUAAAGAAAGGUUUGAAAAUAUGGAUUUAAGUAAGUGUGAAGGAACACAGAAGAUUCAAGUUGAAGGUGUCACAAGUGGAUCUGUCAAAUCCAACAGAGUUCUUUUUGAAUCUACCCCUAUGUAUGCUAUGCAAGACAGCUCUGGCCAUUACCAUGAGUUGAGGACUGUGAGGCGUGAGGAGGUUGUGAAGGGAGAUGUGCGCAGCUGCAGAUGGAUGUUUGAAACACGUCCGAUUGAUGAGUUUGACGAAAGCAUCAAUAAAUUUCAGAUCAUAAAAGGUAUAUCCAAACAGGAGAUAGAGUCAGGGGAUGUCAAAACUGCGAAGUGGUUGUUUGAAACUCAACAACUUGAUGCCAUUAAAUAUUUCAAUAAUUCUGAGGAUGAAGAACAUAAAACCAGGGAAGAUAUUGAAAUUGAGAAAGGGGAUGUUAAGACUUGCAGGUGGCUGUUUGAGACUCAGCCGAUGGAUGUCCUGUAUGAAAAGGUGGAAAAGAGCGAGACUGAUGUCAAGGAAGUGCAGAAAGGUGACGUCAAAACGUGCACUUGGCUCUUUGAGACCCAAACACUUGACAACAUACGCGAUCACACGGAGUCUGAGUCUGAGACCAUUCUGAAAACCUGCACUGUGAAGCAAGAAGACAUCCAAGGAAAAGACGUGCGACUGGCCCGCUUCCUCUUUGAAACCGAGAACCUUGAGAAUAUCACCGGGGAGGACAACAGUUCUUUCAGAAGGGUUACGGAAAUCAACAUUCAGUCAGGUGACGUGUCCAGGAUGAAGUACAUCUUUGAGAAUCGCUCUUCUGACAUUAUGAGCUCCACCUCUGAGGAAACAAUGCAGAGGCUGAAGACGCAGCAGGCCGAGGACAUCCAGAGGGGAAACGUGGUCAACUGUACCUGGAUGUUUGAGAAUCAGCCAAUCGAUGCCAUCCGUGAUGAGGCGAGGGAAAUUCGCACUGUGACUGAUGUUCAGGGGGGGAACGUUGACAAAGGCCGCUUUAUUUUUGAGACAUACUCUUUGGAUCAAAUUAAAGAGGAGCCCACCGAGACUGAUAUUUCUAAACUGACUAGUAUCUUUAGAGAUGAAAAAGAGAGGGGAGACGUGAAAAACUAUACCAUGAUGUUUGAAAGUCAGCCGCUGUAUGCCAUCUGUGACAAAGAGGGCCAUUACCAUGAAGUAACUACAGUUACUAAAGAAGAAAUUAUGAGGGGAGAUGUGGUGGGGGCCCGUUGGCUGUUUGAGACAAAGCCUCUGGAUUCAAUCAAAGAUUCUGAGGAGGUCUAUGUCAUUAAAGCUGUGACUGAGGAAGGCAUCAACAAAGGAGAUGUUAGCUCUGCGAGAUGGAAAUUUGAAACUCAACCUCUAGAUGAAAUUACAGAUGACAUAAAGGUUAAAUCGAAAACGGUCGCAGAUAUCCAAGGCGGCGAUGUGAAGACAAAUAAGCAGCGAUUUGAGACUGAUGAGACGUCUCAAAAGUACAUCAGAACUGUUAGCGUGAGUGAAAUCCAAAAAGGAGAUGUCAGAUCUGCCACGUGGAUGUUUGAAACACGCACAAUUGAUGAGAUCCACGGUGAAGGCGCUGAGUACGAUGGCAUGGAGAAAGUGACAAAAGAGGAAGUAAUGAAAGGGGAUGUCAAACAGUCUGUAUGGCUCUUUGAGAAGCAGCCUCUUGACACUAUCAAAGAGACUGAUGGCACAGAGCGUGUUGUCGCAAAGGAGGAAAUUCCACAAGCGGAUGUGAAGACGACAACAUGGUUAUUUGAAACCACCCCGUUCCAUGAUUUCAAUGAGAGCAGAAUGGAAAAGAAAGAAAUAAUAGGUAAGAGCAUCAACGAGACACUUGAGGAGCUUUACUGCCAAAAAAUGGUGGACUCACAAGGUAUCCUUAUUGAGGCAGAUGAGAUCGGAGAUGUCCGCAUGGCAAAAUAUAAACUCAUGAAUCAGGAGGCUCCGCAAAUCCAAAAAGAAGAGAUUAUCAGAGGGGAUCUGAGCAACAUAAUGAUGAACCUCCUCAACCGCAGGGAGACUACUGAAAGGGGGAUAACUAUUGACCAGGAGGAGCGGGGAGACAUCAACACCACAGUGAAGCAACUAUUCAACCAGGACAGGGGGAUCAAUGUUGAAAAGGAGGAAAUUAUCCGCGGUGACAUUCAAGAUGCCAUAAAUAAUCUGCUCAGAAACGAGGGCUCCUCCAAGCGUGGCAUUCUGAUUCAAGAGGAUGAGAAAGGAGACGUGAGGAUGACUAUCUAUUCUCUCUUGAAUAAAGGUGAGAGGGCCAGCAUGGAGAAAGAGGAUAUCAUUCAAGGUAACGUAAGCAAAACCCUUCACCGUCUUCUAUCGAACUCAGGAGAAGAAGACUCAAAAAAGAUAAGGGUUGGAGAUAUGGAAAGGGGUAAUGUCAGCUUUUACUCCACAUGCAUUGAGUCUGGAGCCUUGGAUUACCUGAAGCAGCUUCAGUACGAACCAGACGAAGUCCAGGAAGAGAUCGAAAAGGAGCGUAUCAUAGGUGGUGACAUUGAAGAAACCAAAAUUUUGCUGCGGAGGAAUCAGCAGCAGAUAGGUCGCACAGUGGCAAAGGAUGACAUAGUUCCUGGUGAUGUUCACAACACUGUCAAAGUCUUUAUGACUGAGCCUACUGUUACCUACAGAAACCUGGAGAAACAGGACAUUAUUAAAGGUGACCUUAGUGCAGCCCUGGAUUCACUGACCCAAGCCAUCAACCAGAAAGUGGUAAUAGAGAAAGAGGAGGUGGUGAAAGGAGACAUACCCACCACUCUGAAGUCUCUGGAGGAGGCCCAGCAUCAAGCCAAAGAAAUGGAAAAACCCGAAAUCGUCAGGGGAGACAUCAGAGGUGCUCUCGAGUCACUGGAGAAAUCGGCAACCACUACUAUGGAAGUGACUGUCGAAGAUUUAGUGCCAGGUGAUAUCAAAGGGACCCUGAAAUCCCUGGAGGAGGCGACGCAAGCUGUGAAAGAGGUCGAAAGAGAGGAGAUUGUAAAAGGAGACAUCCACACUGCCAUGCAAAGUUUGCACGAGGCAUCGAGUGAGAAAAAGACUUACCAGCAUCAAGUGAGCGAGCAAGGGGACGUUAAGGCCACCAUUCAGCUCUUCCUAGAGCCAACGACUUCUCCAAGAAUGCAGCGCAGGGGGAGCGUUGAAGGAGAUGUAAAAACAUCCAUAAAAUCUCUUUACGAAGGACAGGAGACAACACAGAUGGAAAAAGAGGAGGUCGUAAAAGGGGACGUUCAAGGAGCAAUAAAGUGCCUAAUGCAAAGAAAACAGUACUCAAAUCCAAAACGUAUGUAUCCCCCAAAGAAAGCAAAAGUGCCCGUGAAAAAUCCAUCACCUGUAAAGCAAGUGGGGCGUGAAUGCUUAUCUGAAGCUAAGAGUGAGAGUGCAGCAGGCAAUCCGGUCCCCACUGUGAAAAACCUUUCUCAGAGCGCUGAGUCACAGAAGCACGCACAGAGGCACAAGGAAAGCAGAUCGGUGAAAACACAGGUAAUAACCCAAGAGGACCACUCUGUUACUGUAGCCAGGGCAGACAGCACUGCUGGGGCCUCUCAACACAAGACCAUAAAAGAAGAGAAGCAGAAAGCGCGGACCCCUUCGAAAGUACAAGCUCCUAAGCCUAUUGUGAUAAAGAAUACACAAAUGACAAAUAAUGAUCAAACAGAGACUAAAAGAGCUGAUGUGAAUGUGAUGAAAGAGGGGCAAAACACAUCACAGACAAAUAUUUCAAACAAGCAAAUAUGUGAAACAAAGACAAUCCAACAGGUGCAGACGACAGUGAUGGAGAAAACUGUCACGCAUAAGCAAAAUGUUACAAUACAAUCAGAGCAAAUGUCGGCAUCUCAAAAGCAAACAGAGAAUAAGGCUCUCACACAGAAGCACAACUUCAAAAAUAUGAAGAGUGAUUAUCGUAACCUUGACAUGAGAGGGAAAGGUGUGAUCAAAAAGGCAAAUCCGGAGAUUCACUUCCCCCCUCCUCCCUCUUCACCACCUCCGCCCUCAGAGUCUGAGCUCUCCCUCCCUCCACCCCCAUCACCAGUGCUGGAGAGCCCAGUGUCCUCCGUAUCCCGGCCUUCUAUCAUGAGGCAGGACAGUGACCUUCCACCUCCACCACCUCCACCUCCCAUGGAAUGCAUAAAGUCUGAGCCAGAAUUUUUCCCUCCUCCUCCACCUCCUCCACCUCCGUCCUCUGUGGGAGGACAAGAUUUUCUCCCGCCACCUCCCUCACAGCAAGAGCUUAAUGCAAUGCCUCAGCCUCCCCCUGCGAAGCUGGUUAAACCCAUCGGCAGGCCUUUAUUCAAAGUGCCCAAGCAACCAGAAACACAGAAGCAGCCCAUACAAGUUAAGCCCAAAUGGCAGAAAAAGCAGCCACUGCCACAGCCUCCACCACCUCCACCACCUCCACCUCAGCUCCCUGCUGAUCAAGGAACAACAUUGUCAGUAGACCAUAAAGAGGAGGCUAACAUUCAGGAAGUGAAAAAGGAAACAAACCAACAUAUUGAAACAAGCAAGCAGAUUCAAUCUGAAUCAACAACAAAAAUACCAACCAUCACAGCUGUGAAACCACUGCAAAAAGAAACCCCACAGCCUCCUAAAAAAGUAUUUGUCCCUCCUAUUAAACUGCCUCCACCUGCUGAGCCCACUCCAGAGACUCAGCCUCGACCUUAUGCUCGCAAAUUUAAAACCCCUCUCAUGCUUGCAGAGGAACGGUAUCGCCAACAAAAAAUGGAGAAGAGUAAUGUCACGUCUCCCACCUCUCCACCAGUUAAUAUACUCUCCUCUGAGCUCUCUGCAGCACAGAACGCUGAGAAGAAAGAGACCAUGGAAGCGACAAAAUCAAAGACCGAAGAAACUAAGAUCAUUUCCAAAGAGGAAAUAUCAGCACAAGAAUCACCUGCCAAGAAACCCCCCUCCCACAUCCCUCUGACCAAGUCCUUGAUCUCAGUGGUAAAUAAGAAAUCAGCCUCUGGAUCCUCAAAUGUGUCAUCAGAUAAAAAGCAUGUUGCAAGCGAGCACGCCUCAGAAAACAUGCUCGCCUCACGUGGUGUUAAAAACAGCCAAAAUGCGCCACAGAAUCAGACUGUUUCUGUUUCUCAGUUGCAUCAUGAGGCCUCUGGUACUGACUUCCCGUCAUGCUCGAAUGUGGUCACUUCUUCAGUCAUGGAGCAGCAGCAGCAAUUUAUUAAGAAAUCCAGCACCAAGUCUAUCACUGCCACACAGAGUGCUGUCCAGGAAAAUGUAAAUCUUCAAAGCCAGACUGCGGUCACAUUGAAAGCUGGAGAUGUAAAGAAUAUUAAUGUGCCUCUGACACAGGAGGUAAAAAUGAGUCCCUCUCAACCCACUAAAAUUCCAAAGGUAACUCCAAGCUUCAAGGUGAAAACCUUUAAGAUGCCAACAGAGAAGAAAGAGGAUAAAUGUGACAGUUUGGGACAAAAGGCAGCAGUGAAAAGUGAAAUACAUUUACAGCAAGAGAACUGUAAUGUGUCACAGAAAAGUGAAACAAAAGUGAGUCAGGAAAGCAACCAGCUGACAUCAGCAAGAGCACAGAUGAAAACUGAAAUGAAAGGAAAGGAGAAGACAAGUCAGAUGACCCUUCCUGUAAAGGAAUCUGAAGUGGAGGUUCACAUAAAAAAGGGAAAGCAGGUGCAAAAGAAUGAGACCGAAGUAAAAAUGUCACCAUCAGUUACUGUUUUAAUGCCUAAGAUGGCAAAGAUAACAUCUGCAGCUGGUCAUCAAGGACAAGGCCAUGUAUCUGUCUCCCACAGCCAGCAGAGCGUAAAGACGGAGCACAUUCACAAACACGAGGAGGUGGUUGUGACUGAGAGUGUGCAACAGCAGAGGCAGGAGGCUGUCCAGAUGCACACACAGCAAAUAAAGCUACAAGCAGCAGAAGCUAAUAAAAUGCAAAUAAAGGCAGCAAAGACCAAAGGUGAGUCUAAGGAUGUGUCUGUGAAAGGGAAAGGGAAAAUGGCCCAUAAAGAGGAGGCUAAUUCAGAAGAAAUCACAGAUUUAGAGAAAUGUAAUGUAAUGCAGAAGCUGCUCACUCAGAUAAAAGAGCUCGAGGGCACAGCAAGCAAAGUAGACUCCAACGCUGUCAGGAUGAUUAUAAGUGAAUUCCCUGACUGGAUGAUGGGCUUGGAUGAGAAAAAGAACCUAAAUGAAAUUGCUAAACAGCAAAGUAAGAAAAAGUUGAAAGAAAUGAUUGUCUAUGUGAAAAAUAUAAUUCAGGCAAAGCUCACAUUUUUGGUGGACAGCAUGACAACUGUGGGCAAGCAGGAAAAAGAAAAGGAAGGACCUCUAGCGCCACUGCCGGUGCCUCCAAAACCAGACAUGAAAGAUUUCAGUGGAGCAACUGCAAAGAUAUCAAAGAUUAGCAUUGGAUCGUCCAAAACUGAAAAGAAGGUGGAGGAGAAAAAGUCCCUUCAAAGCAGUAAAGUGCGUCAGGAGGUGAGCGAGGCGGUGGAUCAGAGAGUGUCCUCGCCGUUAGCGAGUAUUCGCACUCCGUCACCCACUUUUAUCAGCAUCGAGUCAAGGAGGGUAGACUCGCCGCUCAGAGUGACUCCUUCCCCUCCGCCCUACAAAUCACUCGGGACACCUCCGCCUCCACCUCGCAAGUCAUACACACCCACAUCUACAUUCAGCAGGGCCACGCCGUCUCCUACUCUGAGCCGCUCGGAGAAGCUGAUGAAACUGAGGGACACCACCUCAAAGCUGUCUCGUGGCACAACUCCUCCACCUCCCGCGCCAGUGCCAGAGCAUUUUGCAGCUGAAAGAGAGCAGUCAUCUCCAUUCGCUGACAGGGAGGAUCCCACAGAGAGAAAUGUGCAAGGAUGGACCGAUGUCACAGACAUGGUGGACUCCAUGAUGACUGUGAGGGACAAGAAGUCUUUCUUCGAGGAGGCGCAGAAGGCCGAGGUGAGCAGGGUGUACAUUCGGAAAGAUCCCAUCGAUAUCCCUGAACGUUUGGGACCUGACACCGAGGAGCCCACAGAGCCUGUGAAUAUGGACCUCCUGAAAGAGGAUCUCCCAAGAGUUGACCUGUCAAAGCUGGUAAACAGAUUUGAAUCCCCACAGCCAAAAGUUUACACCAGAAGAGAACCUAUUGUCAUUUCAGAGAGGCUGGGGAGUGAUACAGAGGACGCAGAAGCCGACCCGCAUACCCCUAAAACUGAAGAAAUCCCCGCAUUCAACGUUAAAGCAAUAAAGAACGUGUUCGAGACAGGAGAGCAUAGUUCUCAGGCAGCCCGAGAGCUGAGAGAACAAAUAGAAAGACGAGAACCCGAAUCGGUCUGCUCCGAGCCGGUGGGUCACUCUGAAACGACAGCAGUCACUGAGCAAUUCUGCAGCGUUGACGACUUCGGAAACAUGACAAGGGAGACGAGGAGUGCAAUGCAUUGUGGGAGCUCCCUGACCCGUGGUAACCCUCCAUCCUACGCCGACGUGGUGAGAGGCAGCGUUCCAACAGUCGCUGUGCCCCCUGAGGCCUCCACCGAGGAGCUGCUGAGAAACUUCCAGCAGUCAUGGGCCGAGAGCCAAGGAGUUUUCCAGAACCUGGGUUUCAGUGUCACGGAGCAGAGGACCUCGCAGUUUGUAACGCACCAGCAGGAGACUGUCGUGACGGAAAAUUCGAGUUCCAGAGUCCGAACUGUGCAGGGUGUGUCGGAAGCGGGUGUACCCCAUGGAGUCGCUGAUUGCAGACCAACAAAACUUCCAUAAAAGCUGCUUUCGCUGUGAGCACUGCAGAGGCAAACUAAGCCUUGGCAACUAUGCCUCUCUCCAUGGACGAAUGUACUGCAAGCCACACUACAAGCAACUGUUCAAGUCCAAAGGAAAUUAUGAUGAGGGAUUUGGACAGAAGCCACACAAAGAACUAUGGAAUAGUAAGAAUUCAGCUG